AUGAGCUCCACCGCAUUGGAGCACGAAACGACCGGAAAGUUCCUUCACCUUCGGAAGUCUCCGAACUUUGCUCAAUACUUCAGGUCCAUGACAGGAAAUGCGGAGGCUUUUGUGUACUUCAUUGUACCUAGAGAAAUUUGUUCCGGGUACAAUGAAACUAUGACUCAGUUCAUCCAAGCUGUACCAGAGCUGAUUGAUUUUACCAACAAAGUGAACGACAUUCUUUCAUUUUACAAGGAGUCAAUCGUAUCUUCGGAAAGGAAUGGCUACGUUUACCACCGAGCACAGGCAAGCCAGAGCACCAUAUCGGAAUGCCUCAGCAGCUUAGUGGAUGAAAUCCUUGAGAGCAUCCACAAUAUCGAAGCUACUUUAACAAGUCAGCCGGAUUUAUUCAAAGUUGUCAACGGCUUCAUUCGGGGUUAUAUUGCAUUCCAUGUGAUUGAGCCUCGUUAUAGAAUUGGUGAACUGGCAGUACCUUGCUUGAAGUAA